GUCGGGGUGGCCGCCGCCGGCGUCAAUCGCGGCGACACGGUCCAGUGGCAGGGCCGGUAGCCGCCGCCUCGCCCUACCCGGGGCUCGAGUGCUCCGGCACCAUCGUCGCUCUCGGGGCCGCGCUGGGCCGUCGGUACCAGGUGUGCGCGCUGCUUACCGGCGGCGGGUAUGCGGAGAAGGUGGAGGUUCCGGCAGGGAAGCUGCUCCCGGUGACGGAGGGGGUGUCUCUGACUGACAGCCCGAGGUGGCCUGCACCGUCUGGUCCACCAUUUUCAUGCUAGCCACCUCCCCCUCGGUGAAUCCUUAUCCAUGGUGGAUCAAGUGGAAUCGGUACAUUCGCUACACAGAAUUCAAAGCACCUUGGAAAUGUACACAUGAGGCAUUAUUCUUUAUCGAAUUUCCGACAUCAGAGACACGUAUGCUGUUAAUCAGGUGCUGAAGAAAAAAUCAAUCCUCUCCACUUGAAGGUAGGUGAUGCACACAGAUUUCUUCUUACCUUGCAAGCACCGUUGGAUGAAGAGAGUAGGCAUGAUCAUGGACAAACGCAUGCCGUCUUGCCUCGAUCUUGCAGGAGAGGAGGACAUUGUUUAUUUGCGUAGGGCUGUCGGGGGAUAAUUCGAUCGAGUAGGAGUUGUUACGUGGAAGAGGAGCUAGCAGCUGGGCGAUCGUUUGGCUAGGUGACGAGGAAGAAAUUGAUACGGCCGGCCGUUGUACGGGAGCACGGCCAGAGAUGGAGUUCGAUACGGUCUGCACCCAAAUCAGAAGGUUUGGCCACCCUUAACAAUAUCCUCAUCGGAUAUAACUUGGGGAAGGCGAAGGCGUACCCCCUACUAUAUAAGCUCGGCCACCCACGCCCCAAACAAAUCACAACCAACCUUUCUCAAGUCGUUUGUUCCCCCGAGCAAUCGAGUUGUGUUCCCGGCGAUCGAUCUAUCCAUCUUGCUGAGCAUCAUGGUUUCCGCUGACGUGGCCCGCAACAUCGUCGGCAUCAUUGGCAAUGUCAUCUCCUUUGGGCUCUUCCUCUCCCCUGUGCCGACGUUCUGGCGUAUCUGCAAGGCCAAGAACGUGGAGGAGUUCAAGCCGGACCCCUACCUGGCGACGCUCAUGAACUGCCUGCUCUGGUUCUUCUACGGGCUCCCUAUCGUCCACCCCAACAGCACCCUCGUCCUCACCAUCAACGGCAUCGGCCUCGUCAUCGAGGGCGCCUACAUCAUCAUCUUCAUCAUCUACGCGGCCAAGAACACAAGGUGGAAGAUGCUCGGCGUGCUCGCCAUCCAGGCGGCGUUCAUGGCUGCUGUGGUGGCCGGUGUGCUCGUCGGCGCCCACACCCAUGAGAAGCGCUCCAUGAUCGUAGGCAUCCUUUGCGUCAUCUUCGGCUCCAUCAUGUACGCCUCCCCGCUCACCAUCAUGGGUAAAGUGAUCAGGACCAAGAGUGUGGAGUACAUGCCAUUCUUCCUGUCACUGGUAAACUUCCUCAACGGUCUCUGCUGGACGGGCUAUGCGCUAAUCAAGUUUGACAUCUACAUCACGAUCCCCAAUGCCCUCGGUACAAUCUUCGGCCUCAUCCAGCUGAUCCUUUACGGGUACUACUACAGAUCUACCCCCAAGAAGGGCAAGAAUGUCGAGCUGCCCACCGUCCUCACCAAAAACGCCGUUACCAGCGGCAACGUCUCCGUCACCAUAGAGAAAUAAGCUUUGCUUCGUUUUUAGCCCUAAAGAUUUUGAGCAGUUAAUACCGGAUGAUACUUCAACAGGUCUGAUGUUAAUUAGUUGUACUUUUUGUUAGCUAGUAGAGUCUGAGAUUGCCUUUAAUUUUGUGAACCAUUGUUGUCUGUCCGAGACUAUAGUGCAAAUUGCAAGUGUAUAUAAAUACCAAUGCAGCUGAGUUAUCCCAGAGAUAUAUUAUGAAAACCA